AUGGCACAAGAAAUCACGCACCCAACUAUUGUAGACGGCUGGUUCAGAGAAAUAUCUGAUACCAUGUGGCCAGGUCAAGCCAUGACCUUAAAAGUGGAAAAAGUUUUGCACCACGAAAAAUCAAAAUAUCAAGACGUUUUGAUCUUCAAAUCUACUACUUAUGGUAACGUGUUAGUCUUAGAUAAUGUCAUUCAAGCCACCGAACGCGAUGAGUUUGCAUACCAAGAAAUGAUUGCUCAUCUUGCCUUAAACUCCCAUCCAAAUCCUAAAAAAGUCCUUGUUAUCGGCGGGGGUGAUGGAGGUGUCUUAAGAGAAGUUGUUAAGCACGAAUCUGUGGAGGAAGCUUGGUUAUGUGACAUCGAUGAGGCUGUUAUCAGAUUAUCAAAGGAGUUUUUGCCAGAGAUGGCUGCAUCCUAUUCCCACCCAAAGGUUAAGACGCACAUUGGCGAUGGUUUCCAAUUCCUGAGAGAUUAUCAAAACACUUUUGAUGUAAUCAUUACUGAUUCUUCUGACCCAGAAGGUCCAGCUGAGACUUUGUUCCAGAAGGAAUAUUUCGAGCUGUUGAACAGUGCCUUGACAGAAAGGGGCGUAAUCACAACUCAGGCUGAAAGUAUGUGGAUUCACCUGCCAAUUAUUAAGGACCUAAAAAAGGCUUGUUCCGAAGUUUUCCCCGUUGCAGAAUAUUCAUUCGUUACCAUCCCAACUUAUCCAACUGGUACAAUUGGUUUUAUGGUUUGUUCCAAAGAUAAAAACUGCAAUGUGAAAAAGCCACUACGUGAAAUCUCUGAUGAAAAGGAGGAAGAAGUAUACAGAUAUUAUAACAAGAAAAUUCAUGAAGCUUCUUUCAUCUUACCAACCUGGGCUGCUAAAGAAUUGAAUUAG